AUGGCAGAACCAGCUCAACGGCCAUCUGUACCAGAGAGGCGUGGCUCAGGUUUCUUGAACUUCUUCUCGUCUAUUCUAGCCUCCAAGAACCCACUGCCUCAUGCGGCAGACCCAAGCAAGAAUACCGUCUGGCUGUUGGACAACACGGCCUAUCUAUCGAUCAACGAUGAUUCAGACGGCAAUGGGCAGCAGUCAUGGAAAGCCGAAGUUGUCGCAUGUAUUUUCCAGACCGAGGGCCGUAAAGAUGUCGGUAAAUGGGUCGCUGCGAUCGCCGAUUAUAUUGGCCUGGAUGGGGAGGUCGGCCUCGAUGACCAUGGCGCCACCAUGGCGCAUGCGAUAAUUGAAAAGCGCGUACAGCCAUUUCUCGACCAUGUCUCUCUUUCUUGCACCGCCAGAAUCGACAUGAAGGUUGAUGGAUUAGCCCAGUCCCACUCCCUGGGACCUUCUGACCGCAACGGCAUCAUCAGCCAGAUUGUUGACCUGGGUGGAUCUGAUGUCCACGAUGGCGCCGUCAUACGUUCGUCAGCUCAUAGCUUCAACGACCAGCCCGCGGCAACAGGAGAAACACGCUUCGCCGCACCAGAAGGCUGGCUUGUUGUCUCGGACAUUGACGACACGAUCAAGCGCACCAUGACGAUGGAGCCCACCGGCAUUCUUCGUACCACCUUCGCCGAGGAACCUGUGCCGAUCAAAGACAUGCCAGAGUUCUAUCGUCAUAUACAUUUUGAGUUAGACCCAACCUGGUUCUAUCUUUCGGCAUCCCCCUACAACCUCUAUCCAUUCCUGCACCAGUUCCUCCAUGAGUACUACUGCCCUGGCACAAUCGUACUGCGCGACUACUCCUGGAUGGAUAUUAGCGGGCUCAUUAAGUCUUUCACGGAGAAGACGCAAGAGUACAAGGUAGACCGGAUGGAAAAGAUUCAAAGCUGGUUCCCACGUCGUCGAGUUCUGUGCAUCGGCGAUUCUACUCAGAAGGAUCCUGAGGCAUACGCAGAGAUGUAUCAUCGAUACCCCGGGUGGAUCCAUGCCAUCAUUAUUCGGAAGGUGACAGAUGUAUCUCACAUGGAGGAGAAGAACAAACCCGAGAGGUUUGAAGCGGCAUUUAAGGAUAUACCCCCCGAAGCUUGGACUGUCUUUGAGGACACCCAGGAGCUCUAUGCCUUUGUCGAUGGAUUGGGCAUGGAAGACCAGGCACUUUAA